GAACAAAAACAUAUAAGCUAUGGUUUCGAACGGGAACCAAACCAUAAUAUGCGAUGCACUUCUAAUAGCAAUCAAAAAUUUGUUAAUAUGUACAUAUAUAUUUUUGUUUUAUUAAAACCGUAUCAUACUUUAUCUGCAGUUAAACCGCACAUCUUUAUUCGGAGCCUAUAUAUCUACACUGCCUAUAUAUCAACCGACCAAACAUUCACGAAAACAAACCACAUAAACUAGUCAAAGAAGAAUAGAUGAGUUACAUUAUAAAAAAGUUCAAGUGAGAGAAAGAGAGGUCCAAUGGCGGAGAAAGAAGAGGAUGUGAAGCUUCUAGGUUUUUGGGCAAGCCCUUUUACUCGUAGAGUUGAGAUGGCUUUCAAGCUCAAAGGCGUGCCUUACGAGUACUUGGAGCAAGAUAUAGUGAACAAGAGCCCUUUGCUUCUCCAGAUAAAUCCGGUUUACAAGAAGGUUCCGGUUCUUGUCUACAAAGGGAAAAUAUUAUCCGAGUCACAUGUGAUCCUCGAAUACAUCGACCAAAUAUGGAAGAACAAUCCAAUUCUUCCUCAAGAUCCUUACGAGAAAGCCAUGGCUUUAUUCUGGGCCAAGUUCGUUGAUGAACAGGUUGGACCAGUAGCUUUUAUGUCUGUGGCAAAAGCAGAGAAGGGAGUAGAGGUUGCAAUCAAGGAGGCUCAAGAACUCUUUAUGUUUCUUGAGAAGGAAGUCACUGGAAAAGAUUUCUUCGGUGGCAAAACAAUUGGAUUUUUGGACUUGGUCGCAGGAAGUAUGAUCCCGUUUUGUCUUGCUCGAGGUUGGGAAGGUAUGGGAAUUGAUAUGAUUCCAGAGGAAAAGUUUCCAGAGCUAAACAGAUGGAUCAAAAAUUUGAAAGAAAUUGAGAUCGUGAGAGAAUGUAUUCCUCCUAGAGAGGAACAAAUUGAGCAUAUGAAGAAAGUUGUAGAAAGAAUCAAAUCAGCCUAAGAGACAACAAUGAUACUCUUCGAUCAGUAGAUGUUAACUAUAUGUUUGUGUAAUCUUGUUAUAAUAGUUUGUAUGAACAAUAAAUGAAACAUUUGUAUGAACAAUUAGUGUUUUUACUAAAUUCUAAUGUCAAUUAAUUAUUAUAAACAUUUUAAAUGUAGUAGUAUUCAAUUUCUUACAAAUCAUAAGAAAUUGGUUCAUAAACCUGGAG